AUGAAUCUGAGAUGUUCUAAAUACAAGUCGACGGAGCUCGCGGUACUGCUAGGACUAAACUAUUCGGAUUGGAGUGGUAUUCCGAUCAGAAAGCUGUUAACUUCCAAUGAACUGAAAGAAUAUGAAGCUGGUCACUCAAAAUGGGGUUCUUUGAAGAUCGAAAGUUUUGUUGAUGAAAAGGAAUCGCGAAAGAGAGGAUCUCAAGAGGAAGAAGUUAAUGUUAUUUCCAAAAUGCCAAGGCAUGAUGAUAAGGAAAAUUGA